AUGAGACCAAGCACAACUAGAGGUCUGUGGGACCGUCUCAUUCUUGGACAAUACAGUGAUAAUGAUCGAGAUAAAUUACCAAAAUUAGUCAAUCAAAUACCUAUUGUAUUAACAAAGAACAAAGAAAAAAUAUCACAGACAAGUACUCAAAUACGUCAACCGACAUUUGAGCGACCCCGACAUUUGAGCGACCCCGACACUCGAGCGACCACGACAUUUGAGCGACCCCGACACCGUUCAGAAACAAUUAACAAAGCGGCAAGUCAACAAUUACUAAAUGCUAUUUUUGAAGAAUUCGAUAUUUUAUUAGCAGAUGCUCUACCUGCUGCAGAUGAUCUCUGUCAAUUCAAUGCCGUCAAAGACAAAUUGAUUGAUAGUAAUUUGAUGAAACAGAAUGACCUAUUACAAAAUCAAAUUACUGGUUUAGAAGCACGUCUUUCCUCAUUAGAACAAUUAGAAAGUGAUAGUAAUAUUAUCAGGAUGGGAAACAUCGGAUUACAACUAAGAAACAAACUUAUACGUUUUAUUAAACCAGAUCUUUCAUAUCGAACAGCACGUGAUACCUUUCUAUGUUGGAAACAGAAGAGCUGUACCAAGAAUUAA